GAUUCCAGCCAAUGGCGGCGCGGUCCCAGCACUGACAUCAGCGCGCGAGCCCGAGCCCGAGCUCGAGCACUCGGUAGCCACACGCACUUUACAGGCCGCAGGCAGAGGGAAACCGACAGCGGCAAGUUCCCGAUGUAGAUGUGAAGACGGGUUGUUUGGCUGCAGUGUCCACUCAGUCUUUUGGAACCUUUCCUUAUGACAGCUAACUCUUGAGCAGAAUGCUGGUCUUCAAUCAAGACGUCAUGUAAAGAGACGAAUCCACAGAGGUGACUGCUGGAGAGUUUCAACAGCAGUAGAUCUGCACCACCUUUAAGUCGUCUAGUACAGUAUCCAGCAGAGGUAAAAGGAUCCUAGUUCCUCUACGUUAUGGAUGAGCAACCUCCACAACAGUUCGCUGGUCAUGUUGCAGUUUCUGCAUUUCAGUCACAGAAGCCCCUGCGCCCUGAUUUGGGCCUUGGUACACUGGGGAACUUCCAAAUAGAGAAGAAGAUUGGCCGAGGACAAUUUAGCGAAGUGUAUCGAGCAGCAUGCCUCUUAGAUGGAAUGCCUGUAGCUUUGAAGAAAGUCCAGAUAUUUGAAAUGAUGGAUGCCAAAGCUCGUCAAGAUUGCAUCAAAGAAAUAGACCUCUUAAAGCAAUUGAACCAUGCAAAUGUAAUAAAAUACCUUGCAUCAUUCAUUGAAGACAAUGAGCUAAACAUUGUAUUGGAACUGGCAGAUGCUGGAGACCUUUCUAGAAUGAUAAAGCAUUUUAAGAAACAGAAGCGGCUGAUUCCAGAAAGAACAAUAUGGAAGUAUUUUGUUCAACUCUGCAGUGCCUUGGAACACAUGCAUUCUCGGCGUGUCAUGCACAGAGAUAUCAAACCCGCUAAUGUGUUCAUUACAGCCACUGGGGUAGUAAAGCUGGGAGACCUUGGAUUGGGCAGAUUCUUUAGUUCGAAAACGACAGCAGCACAUUCUUUAGUGGGUACCCCAUACUACAUGUCCCCAGAGAGAAUACAUGAAAAUGGAUACAAUUUCAAAUCUGACAUCUGGUCACUAGGUUGUCUGCUAUAUGAGAUGGCUGCACUUCAAAGUCCAUUCUAUGGUGAUAAGAUGAACCUAUAUUCUCUCUGUAAAAAGAUUGAACAAUGUGAUUAUCCUCCUCUUCCUUCCGACCAUUAUUCAGAAGAGCUUCGACAAUUAGUAAAUAUCUGCAUUAACCCAGAUCCAGAGAAGAGACCAGAUAUUGCUUAUGUGUAUGAGGUAGCUAAGCGCAUGCAUGCACUUUCUUCAGGAAGCUAAAGCAAAUCAUGCAUCAGGAAGAAGAAAAACCAGAAGAUAUGAACAUAAAAAUUCAGUGUUUCUAUAUUCUAUCAUUACUCUUUGUUAUUCCGUGUCAAAGGAUAGUUGUACAGAAUUCAGUGGCAUCAUUGGAAUGAAAGUUACACAUACCGAAAAGAAAUCAGUUCUUAAUGACAUGGUUCUAAAUGCUGAACUGUAUUUGUUUUAAUAAUUACAACCUCUUGGUGGCCUUCUGUGUUUUAAUUCAUAUACUGUUUCCAUUUCUGUCCUUACACUUCAUAUUUUAAAAAUAAAAUUGGCAUGCCGGUGGGUUUUUACAAUCACAUACAAAUGUUUCCUGCAGGCCUAUUGGACCAGACAUUACUGUGCCUUGUUACAUAACUCAUGCUCUUAUUUAUAGCAUUUGUUACAUCUAUCUUGUAGCUUUGUGAUAUUUUCUGUUGAACCCAUAGCUGCCUAGUGACAUUGUAUGAAGUUGCACCAUGUUUUGGUAUGUUAUGCAAAUCAACAUUUGGUUUGAAUGGACCAAAUUCUAAAUUGCUUGAAUGUUCCUUGUAAGUCACAACGAUGCUAACCAAAAUACUAUUAAAUGUUCAGUGACAUUUAUGGUUUCUGAAAGGUGCCUUUAUUGUUGUUUUUAUAAAAGAAUUCUACAGUUUAAUGCUGUAAUUUUAGUUACCCAUUUGAUAUAUUACCAUUAUGAACAAUUACUGUUCAGCCUUGUGAAUUGAAAGGUUCACCGAAAACAAGAAUAAUGCUUUGUUACCAUGAAGUUUGGCCACUUUGUUCAUUUCAGCUUUAAUUAUGUACUUUCUUGUUUAUCUCCAGUCCUGAUUUGCCAGAAACUAGAGAUAAGACCCUCCAUCAUUGCAAUGCUAUGUCAGCUUGCUAGUAGAUGCACUAGAGUGACUUGGGAUAGACUCUGUCUCUGAUUUUCUUUUUCCCCAAAGCAGCACAGCUGAAAUUUGUAAUUUAGCAGAGAUGGGGGGAAAUGAACUUGCCUGUUAUAGUUCUGUGGUGUUCCAACAUGCAGUACCACCACUUUGCUCUUUACAGUAUUAAACUUUAAAAUAAGUUGUUUAUAGUGGUUUCAGUGCAUCUAAAGCACAUGUAAGUUUUAAAAAACUUAUAUUUCUUCAAACCUCACAAAACUAUUUUCAUAAAGCAUGUUAUACAAUUAGUAAAUGUAAUUUAUUGAUAAGAUGUUGAGUAAAUGUCAACAUUUUUAUUGAAUAGGAUACUCAAUGGAGAACUGAAAUGUAGGAUAUAUUGAGAGCACAAAGCGUUUGACAGCUGAAGAGUGACAGUUGUCAGUUAUAAAGCUAUUCCCUUUGUUGUGAUACCAGUGUGAUACUUAAUGGUAAAGACUGGUCAGAUCGCAGAUUCGAGGACAUGUGCUGAAUCACAUGAUCUCUAAAGAUAGCUUUUGGGAGGUGUUAGAACUGUCCUUGGUGCCUUUGAAUUAGGAAGUAAAAGUUAGUUGAGGUUCCUGUUCCUGAUGCAGAAUUGCAGUGAUCCCAGCUGAAAAUGCUGUCCAGGUUCACACACGAAGAAUGGCUACUUGAGUAAGAUACUGGAAAGUUGCCAGAGCUUGUGGCAAAUAUCUUUUUAAGUACAUGUGGCAGAAACAAAGCAGAGAAAAAUCUGAGGAUCGGGCAAGGAAAAUUGUUCCUUGUUUGUGAAAUAGAUUCUCUCUUGUGCAGAUUCUUGAUGAUUUUGCAUUUGAUUUAUCUAUUAAGACAUUUGCAUGUGCAAAUGGUGAUUUAAUGUAUUCAGUCAUUUAAAUUGCUUUUUCGUCUCUCUCUAAAAUUGAGCAUUUGCCAUCUUGAGAAAUGAUUGAGUGGUGAGGAAAAACAAGAGUAAGUUAACUCAAUGAUUUUGGCCCAAAAUAGAAUUCAUUGUGGAUUUUGGAUCCAGGACUUGACAGGGGAAAAAAAAUGCCUUCAUUUCAAUGACCCUGUAUUAAAUUGAAGUAUAAAAUGUAUAUGCUGAGUAGAACAUGUAUCCAGGAACUGCACAUUUUAAUUCCUUUUUAUUUUUUCACGUUGUUUAAAAAAAAGGUUUUAUAUGAAGUCAUAGGUAAAACUUCAUCCUCUUUCUAGUCUUCAGUGAUGGCUUUUCCAUAUUUUGAAUUUAAACAGAUUUUCUUUAUUCACAUGAAGGGAUUGUAAGAUAUCAGCCAAAAAAAGAUGCUGUGUUGGGCAGGAUAAAGUGAUACCACACUAAUUAACAGUAUAAUAUGGUACUGUAUCAGUCAAAAAAAAAAAGAAAAUGUGUUAAAUUUGCCCUAUUGUCUCUGUACAUCUGUGGCAUUAAUUUAAUGGUCAUAGAAUCUCUGUAUCUUUAAAUUAUUUUUUAAAGCACUGUGUGUCAUUACUGACCAUUCUUGUGAAUUAUAAUUGUUAGCAUUUAUACUUGUUGCCAUUUAUAAUUGUUAGCAUUUAUAAUUUUCGCUAUUGCAAAUGAUCUUUUUUAAAGAAAAGCCUCUUUUAAAAUAAGUCUAUCCUAAUUUUCGCCCUGGAUUAUGUUGCGAAUACACAUGUUAAAUUGUUUUUAGUUUUGUAAAUCCUUGUACUUCUCUUACUAAGGAAUUUUGUUGGGAAAACCAAAGUACCAUAAAAUGUGCCUUUUAUAUUUUACAUAAAUGCUAAAAUGUUUCCAUUUAAUUGUAAUUACAUAUACGUUGAUUAAGGGGAUUCCACUGCACAAAUUCCCACAGCUUCCUUAGCACAUUAGGCAUUCUUCAAAAAUCAACCAGAGAAAUAGACCUUUUAGCGAAAUGUUUUUGUGUAAUGAGUUCUCUGAUAACAAAGCCACUUUACUGAAAAACUAUGGGAUAGAUUUGAAAAUAAAUUUUGCUCUUGUUUUAAUUUAUCCUAAUUCAACACAAAAUAUGACAAAUGCUACUUGCUAACGUUAAAAUUUACAAAUUGUUUAUUUUCUGAAAAUCAGUCUGCUUUUCGCAUUUCUGACAUGAGCACUCUUGAAUGUAACCAUUUCCUUUGAUAUAAUUGAACAAAAAUGCUGUAGAUUUCUGUUCCAUUUCCUCUCCAUGGAUGCACACGUGCACAUAUUUGUAGAUGUAAUGACAGAAAAACCUGGUGAUGGUUCUGUUCACUUUGCCUUUGUUAAUAACAUUCAUGUUUUGUUUAAAGUUGGAGUGAGCAUUUACAUGCUAUUCUGAAAUCUGGCUUAAUGCAUCAUUUAAAAAAAAUGUCUGCAAAGUCAAGUUUCUUAUUAUAAUUGUUGAUCAGGUAAAUAAAAUGGCUGGAGUAGAUGGCAUGGCUAUUAGUGUAAAUAGGUAUUUACACUGAGUAGUGUUAUACUUAUUCUUGAAUUGUUAAUGGAUAAUUUUCCUAUGAAAUAGGUAUUGGUCAUUUUUGUAAAGACUUGAAUAGUUUUUUUUUAUUUCCAUUUCUUAAUUUCAUGCGUUUCUAUUGUCAUCAUAUACUUUUUAAAUUAAUGUAUAUGCUGCCAUGUUAACCUAACUGAUUUUGCUUUUAAAAUGCAGCUAUUCUGUUACUAAAAUGAUUGUUUGAAUUAGCUCCUGAAUUGCUUCAAAUCUAUUAAUACAAGAAACCACCUCCAUAAUAUGUCAAAUGUUUAUAAUGGAAUUUAAUUGAUUAAGUCUAAAAGACUGGCUUCCAGAUUUGUACUAUAGUUAAUUAUGUGAAUCAAAUUUUUAAAUUGUAAUAUUUGGUUUGUGAUUAUCCACAUCCAAAAUGUUAAUAGAUUGCUACCCUCCACUACUGAUAUGUUCUGUGUUGGCCUCUUUAUUUAUGUCUGCAGGAAGGAGAAUUCAUCCCUUACAAGUCAAUAUGCACAAGAUAAUGAUCUAUAAACUUUAUUGCGUUUUCUUUUCAAAAUCCUUCUUAAUGAUGAAAAUCUGUAGAAUUGUUCAUAACAGUGUUUAGGACUGUUCAAUUUAAACCUGGUAUGUUGGUUUGCUGUGAUGUAAAAUGUAUAUACAUAUUAUUAAAAUGAACACUUUGUAUUUUCAUAUUUGCAUAAGUAUAUUUCAAGAGUGUUUGUCAAUAUAAGCAAAACCUUUGUUUUAGUUUUGAGAUAUGUAAGUACAAAGUAAUGCACCUUAAUAGUUAAAAACAAUUUUAAUUUCUUGAUUUUGUUAAAAUUGCUUGAUCCCAUAUUUUAUUACUAUGCUGAUUAAAAUAAUGGGCUCUGCAUGCAGAAAAGCAUAGUUUGACAGUGGGCACAUGGAUGAUAAAGCUUAUUGAGGAGACAGUGCCUAUGUGUUGAAGAGUCACCUGUCAACGUGCAAACAAUUCUUCCUUUUCUGUGUACUCAAUAUAAAGUUGUGCUUUCUUGUAUUUGGCUAGAACAGCCAUUGUUGGCUGAGACACAAUACAUAUAUGUACAUAUAUAAACAUUUUCCACAUGAGUUUAUUAAUUUGUGUGUCUGAAUUUGCUAAUACAAAUUGUGAAUUUA